AUGGAGGCCGUGGACGUGGACGCGGACGCGGCGGACGCGUGGGCUCGCAACGACUCGUGGCGGAACUGGAGCUGGGCGGCGGGCGGCGCGGCCGGGAACCACUCGGCGAACCCGCUGAAGCGCAACGAGGAGGUGGCCAAGGUGGAGGUGACCGUGCUGCUCCUCGUGCUCCUGCUCGCGCUCGCCGGCAACGUGUGCGUGCUGCUGGCCAUCCACACGAGCAAGCACGGCCAUUCCCGAAUGUACUACUUCAUGAAGCACCUGAGCAUCGCCGACCUGGUGGUGGCCGUCUUCCAGGUGCUGCCUCAGCUCAUCUGGGACAUCACGUUCCGCUUCUAUGGGCCGGACUUGCUGUGCCGCCUCGUCAAGUACCUGCAGGUGGUGGGCAUGUUCGCGUCCACCUACAUGCUCGUGCUCAUGUCCAUUGACAGGUGCUUGGCCAUCUGCCAGCCGCUGCGCUCGCUGCACAGGAGGAAGGACCGCGUCUACGUACUCAGCUCGUGGGGUCUCAGCCUGCUGUUCAGCGCCCCGCAGGUCUACAUCUUCUCGCUGAAGGAGGUGGGCCACGGGGUCUACGACUGCUGGGGAGACUUCGUUCAGCCGUGGGGAGCCAAAGCCUACGUGACGUGGAUCAGCUUCACCAUCUACGUCAUUCCCGUGGCCAUACUGAGCGCGUGCUACGGACUCAUAAGUUUCAAGAUAUGGCAGAACUUCAAGCUGAAGACCAAGAAGGAGCAGUGCGUGGCCGCGCCCCCCUUCUCCCGCGUGAGCAGCGUGAAGCUUAUUUCCAAAGCGAAGAUCAGGACGGUCAAGAUGACGUUUGUGAUCGUGGUGGCGUACAUCGUGUGCUGGACACCCUUCUUCUUCGUGCAGAUGUGGUCCGCGUGGGACCCUGCAGCGCCCAGAGAAGAAAUGGCCUUCAUCAUCGCCAUGCUGCUGGCCAGCCUCAACAGCUGCUGCAACCCCUGGAUCUACAUGUGCUUCGCAGGCCACCUGUUCCAUGACCUGAUACGGCACUUCGUCUGCUGCUCCACCCGCUACCUGAAGUCGUCCCCGUGCAGCUGCGAGGGUAACACCAGCCACCGGAGCAACACCUCGACCUUCAUCAUCAAGAGCACCAGCAGCCAGAGGAGCGUCACGCAGACCUCCACCACGUAAAGGAGACACGUCCCUGGGAGGACCUCCACCAGGGAAGGUCCUUGCACUCAACAUCUCUCUCUCUCUCACACAAACAUCCUGCCCCAGCGUAGCAUCUAUAAAUGUUCCAGCAAUCACGUACACCCUCUCGCUCUGUCAUAGCUCAGCUGUGGACCCUUUGCUGAUCUUUGCUCACCAGGUGCUCUCAAGCAGGCCACUGCGUGUUGUUCUCUC